AAUAUCCACCCUGCUGAAUGCCAAAUCGCAAUGAUGGCCGAGGAACUGGCUCGCCUCACCAGUGAGGUUGAACGCGUCGUGACAGCCCCAUACGUGCCCUCCCUCCAGGAUUUAUAUGGUCUAGUCGAGGCCAGCCCUUCUUCAACAAUUCAAUCCUGGGCUCUUCAUAAACCCUGCCAGGUGGGGCUUUUGGCUAAGGUCUUGGUGGAGAGUCUGUCGCAAUCCCGUGUCGCGCUCCCACUGCUCACGGCUUUUGCACGGACCACAAGUUUCAGAGAUGCUUUGUUGAGUCGCCAGCCAGUUCUCUUGGAUGCUUUCCUCGAAAGAGUCCUGGUCGCCGGAGAAAUCGAGUAUCACCCAGCAUGCAUUGCUUUGCUCUCUUCACCUCUCCCUCCGGACUUUGUGCCCCCUGCUCGUCUCGCCGGAUUUAUCACAAAGCUAGUGUCCGCGAUGUCGGCUACCCCUGGAGCUGAGACAAUCGCACCCUUAUAUGCCCUGAUGACUGGGCUUAAAGGAUCGCCCAACUUCAUCAAUGAGGUUCCAACAGACGUCAUGUCGAACCUGCAGCUGGAGUUUACUAAGACGUUGCGCAACCUUGAUGACCAUAUGGGUAACCUCUUGGGGUUGGCGACCUUUGCACAAAUAUCAAUGUCCCACCGAAGCCAGCUCAGCAGACAUCCCGGAGUAGGUAGUUCAUCUUGGCUUCUCAACAUACAGCACUUUUUUGGUCCAAAGCGUGGCAUGAAGACAUUAGAUCUGGUUGUUUUGCGCGUCAUUCUGGCUUGCUCCUCGAACUGCCAUAAUCUCACACCGGCCCAAGCUGCUGAGAGCAUUCGUCUUGCAAUCUGUAUUUCAGAUGCUGUUGAAACUGACCAGAAAAAAUCUUGGCUUUCAAGCAAUUCGUCCAAGAUUGCCAAGCUAUGCGAGAAGGUAGCUAAGGAUAAUCUCCACAGGGAGAUCCAAGUUAUGGGUGUUACCUUUUUGCUUUCUCUGCAACCCCUGGGGGCCUUGCCUUCGCACAUUGGUGAUCUUGGUCUCCGCCUACUUGUCUCAAAGGAUAGCAGAGCAAUCUUGGGGGCCAUGACAUCGGAGCUUGUCUCACGUCUGACAAAUUUAUUGGGGGUUUACGACGAGUCUGUUGUGUACGAACUUUUGCGAUUCACCGUGGAUGUCUUGAAAGACGACAGUAUGGGACAUGAUUCCAUGGUCAAUCUUCAUGUAUCAGAUCUUUUACUCUCCGGGUUCCAAGCCAAUCUGUCUCAGCCUAUGAUCCAGACUUUGUUAAGCUCAGCCUCAACCAAACAAGCUAUCGCCAGCCUCUUCGCAAGGUUCCCUCUACUUCCCUCUCAAUUACAAUGUCAGGACGCGCAGGUCUGCUACUGUGCGUGCAGCGCCUUGCAGAAUCGGGUCUUACUCAACUUAUUUGAGAUCUACUUUGCUGCGGCUCUGUCGCAUAGUGGUGACACCACUGACAUUGCCAUUAUGAAGUCCUUUGUGGAGCGGACCACAAAGUCAUUCGGUAAGUCCGACUGUACCUUCGCGCGCACUGAACACAAUGCCUACCGCAGCUCAAUGUAUCUGCGUAACAGGCAGGAGUUUAAUUCAAAGCGCCAGCCAAUUCGAGAUUGGCGCUCUGCUAUCACCGAAUUCCAUAUGCAGAAUGCGGAGACAUCCCACAAUUUACUAAUGAAGAAGGUCGAUGACAUUUGCUUCGAUCUCGAACGUCGCUGUUACGACAUUGAAGGCCCUGUACGUUCCGCCGAGGAAGAGCGGGACAAGCACAAGUAUGACGCUGAGCAAUUGAGACAACAGAAUGAGGACUUAGCUCGACAGUUAAACCAAUCAACACAAGCUGUCUCUACUCUUCAACAAGACCUGACCCGCCUUGAAAAACAUGCUGGACUAGCAAGCGCUCGUGCUGAGGAGCUGUCAGAGGCUCUUGAGUUGUCUCGGCAAGAACUACGCGACCAACAGCACCACUCAGAUGAUGCACUUCGAGCAGAGCAAGAAAAAGCUCGAAGUAGGGAACUCGAGUUGAUUGCCACAUCUACCGAGAAGGAUGAUCAACUAGAGGAGCUCCAAGAAUCAAUGCGUCAGCUCGAGUCGCAGAACCAGCUCCUCCAGCAGGUGGUGGAAACAUCCUCUCAUGAAAGAGCUACCUCCGCCGAGACGAACGAAGCAUUGGGACAUGAAAUUUCUGAAGUCAGGAAUCUCUUGGAAGCAAAAACAUUGUUCUGCUGCCAAAAAGAAGAUGAAGUCAAACGGUUGCUGGCAGAAAACAAUGAUCUGCAGACCGAGCUAGGCUCUGUUCAAACCAUAAUUGAUGAUCAAGCUCGAGAAAUUGAACAGCUCCACGCAACUUUGCAAGGGGUAGAAGAAAAGGCAAAGACCGAUAUGCUAAUCUUUAAUCGUGAUAAGGAAGCAGAAAUUGCCAAACUUGCCUCUGAAAUUUCCACACAAAAAGAGGUAAACGGGCGCUUGCAGAAAGCCAUGCAAACGGCUGCAAGUGAUGCUGCCAAGGAGCUACAGUCUAAGGAUAAGCGCAUUCAUCAGUUGGAGAAAAAGAUCCAAUCUCUUCGUGAUGAGAGAGCAGCCAAGGCUAGAGAGUUCUCAGAGGCCCAGCAACAUAUUGGCCGGCUCAUGAAUGUUAUGGGCUUCUCUGCAAAGUCAAACGAGAAGAGCUCAAGCAAGUCCCAACGCAGCCGAGACGCUAUCAUCGCCCCGACUCCUAGCCGGCGACAGUCAGCCGUAUAUGACGACGAUGACGAUAUACAGCUCGCAGAGUCUUUCGAAUAUCUCGCAUCUAAUCUACAGGGCCCUACUCCAAAGCGGCCCAAGGGCAAUGGGCGCUCGAUCCACCCUUUGCAGGCACCCGCUCCAAAGACUCCCGCAGCCAAGAACUCAGUUACUAGUACAAACGCCCCCAAAACAGGCCUCCGGCAGCCUUUGAUUGAGGCUGGCACUAAUAGUCCCGUCAAGUCCCAAGCCAGUCUUGGUUCUAAGGGCAGUCAAUACGAUUCCGCUUCGGCUGGGAACAUGGGCGAGAAUCGACUGCAGGAUUUGGACCUAGAUAUGGAUCUGGAGUUCUCGAAGGACUUUCUUUUCACGAGUACGGCGUUCUCUCCUUCCAAUAAUUAGUUGAUACCCUAGUUUCUGCGCCCGCGGCGAUGCUUUCGAUAGCGUUUGCUCUUUCUUUGUUGAUACCAU